AAAUUCACACAAAAUAUCAUCAACUUCCUUGUUAUCUCUUUCUCCUCUGGCUUGGAAUACAGUAUUAAAUUAGUUUGUUUCGUUAAAAGAAUUAACCGUAGUCUUCUCUAAUUAAUUCCUACAGUUUCAGAAAGGAAAAAAAGUUGAAAACCGAAACGUUAACAGCCGGCCGGGAAUUGGCUAGAGGAAAUCUUUUUUUCGUUUUCCCUCAGAUAUUUUCUUCUUCUUCAUAUUCUUGGGGUCGGGAUUGAAUCGGUUGAUAAUGGAGGGAGGGGUGCAUCCAGGCACAGAUGCAACUGCCUUCAGGGACUGUUUGGCUCUGUCUCGGAAGAACCCUUACGUUCUUCGUCUGGCUUUUUCUGCUGGAAUUGGUGGCCUUCUCUUUGGCUAUGAUACUGGAGUGAUAUCUGGAGCUCUUCUUUACAUAAGAGAUGACUUCAAGUCCGUUGACAGGCGGACCGUGUUGCAGGAAGCUAUAGUGAGCACUGCGGUGGCGGGAGCAAUAAUAGGGGCGGCUGUUGGUGGGUGGUUAAGUGACAGGUUCGGAAGAAGAACUGCCUUACUAUGUGCAGAUUUGUUGUUUUUUGUAGGAGCCAUGGUCAUGGCUUUUGCACCGGGCCCUGCCAUAUUGAUCGUUGGAAGGGUUUUUGUGGGCCUUGGCGUGGGAAUGGCAUCAAUGUCUUCUCCGCUGUACAUUUCGGAGGCAUCUCCGGCAAAGAUUAGAGGAGCACUUGUGAGCACCAAUGGUUUCUUCAUCACUGGAGGCCAAUUCUUGUCCUACCUCAUCAACCUUGCUUUUACCAAGGCACCAGGAACAUGGAGAUGGAUGCUUGGAGUGGCUUGCCUCCCGGCUGUGAUUCAGAUUGUACUAAUGUUGGCUCUCCCUGAAUCGCCUCGCUGGCUUUACCGAAAGGGAAGAGUAGAGGAAGCGGAAGUAAUACUGAUGAAGAUAUACUCAGCAGAAGAAGUGGAAGUGGAGAUGGAAGCACUGAGAGAAUCGGUGGAGAAAGAAAAGGACGAUAGCAAGGAAAGGUCAGAGAUGAUGACAAUACUGGCGCAGUCCAAAUCAGUGAGAAGAGGGCUAAUUGCGGGCGUGGGGCUGAUGGUGUUCCAGCAAUUCGUGGGCAUAAACACGGUGAUGUAUUACAGCCCGACCAUUUUCCAGCUGGCCGGCUACGCGUCAAACCAAACCGCUCUUCUGCUCUCCCUCGUCACUGCGGGGCUAAACGCAUUCGGCUCCGUCAUCAGCAUCUUCUUCAUUGACAGGACGGGAAGAAGGAAGCUUUUGCUGAUCAGCCUACUGGGCGUUAUGGUCUCGCUCGCUUUUCUCUCGUUCGUGUUUCAGGAGGCCACCUCCCAUUCUCCCGCCAUUAGUGACAUCGACACCGCCCGCUUCAACAAUGGAUCCUCCACUUGCCUUGCUUAUCACGAUCCCGCCCUCUCCCACCACCCUUGGGAUUGCACCAAAUGCUUGAAAGCUUCUUGUGCUUUCUGCGCUUCACCUCAUGACAAGCUACUGCCGGGUGCAUGUUUGGUCUCGAGUGACACGGUGAAAGGCAAUUGUCACGGGGAACACAGAUUGUGGUACACUCGGGGAUGCCCGAGCAGAUUCGGGUGGCUGGCGCUGAUCGGCCUAGCGCUCUAUAUCAUCUUCUUCUCCCCUGGGAUGGGGAGUGUGCCCUGGAUCGUCAACUCGGAGAUAUACCCUCUCCGGCUGAGAGGCGUGUGCGGGGGGAUUGCCGCCACCGCCUGCUGGGUUUCUAAUCUCAUCGUGGCGCAAUCCUUCCUCUCGCUCACCCGCGCCAUCGGAACGUCGUGGACAUUCCUCGCCUUCGGGGUCAUUUCCGUGCUCGGCUUUAUUUUCGUUCUCAUUUGCGUUCCCGAAACCAAGGGACUUCCCAUUGAAGAGAUCGAGAGGAUGCUGGAAGGGAGAGGUCUCCACGUCAAGUCCUGGACCAAUAAAAAUGAUGAAACCCAUGUGUGAACAUGCAUAUAUCCGUGGCUGGCUAGCUACUACGCAUUAAGCUAAGUACGUAGCUAGUCUUAAUUAGUGCUUUUAUUGGCCGGUUGUUGUAAAUAUACUAGUCUCGUUAAUUAACAACUUUGUUGGGUGUUUACAAGCUAGUGAACGAAAUGCAUGUGGAUGGAUAUAUAUGGCGAGACAUAUAACAACAAAAUACCUUAGCUUUCAUGAAUAAAAAACCAUCACAUUUUCACU